AUGUUCGAUGAAGAGCAGGUAGAGCUCAAGAGUGGCAGUGCCAUCCGGUCUGCAGCGGCCAAUGAUCGAAAUCAGACGUAUGAUAGCAACAACAGCGCCACUUAUCGCCAGAAACAGCAAUUAGAGCGGUAUAUGAAUUUCUUCUCAUCUCUCGCCUUCUCUGCAACCCUUCUCGCCUCCUGGGAAACCACCGGAGGAAGUUUUCAGGCCGGUCUCUACAACGGUGGUCCGGCAGUCAUCGUCUAUGGCCUCAUCGUCAGCACGAUAGGCAAUCUGGCCAUCGCCGCGUCGUUGGCAGAGCUGGCAUCGGUGCAUCCCACGGCUGGAGCCCAAUAUCACUGGAGUUAUGUCCUCGCGCCCUGGUGUCCUCGCUUCAUCAGUUUCUUCCAGGGAUGGAUCACCGUCUUCGCCUGGGGCGCCCUCGUCACCAUCGCGCCCUUCUUCAUCGGCACCCAGAUCCAGGGCAUGGUAGUGCUGGAUCAUCCCGAGUAUCAGUCGCAGCGAUGGCAUGGCACGCUGCUCAUGUGGGCCGUGCUGCUGAUCCCCAUCAUCAUCAACAUCUUUGCGCGUCGUCUGCUCCCCUUGAUCGAGAUCUGCGUCGGGAUCAUGCACGUCGUCUUCCUGCCCGUGGCCAUCGCCAUCUUCGUUAUUAUGGCCCCGCGCAAUCCCAACGCUUUUGUCUGGGAGACCUUUGUGAGCGGAUUGAGUGGAUGGGAGAACAAGGGAGUUGUCUUCUCCAUAGGAUUGCUGGGAGUGAUCACUCCAUUUAGCGGAAUCGACGGCGUCAUCCACAUGUCCGAAGAAAUCAAAAACGCCAAAAUCGUCGUCCCCCGGUCCAUGAUCUGGGGCACAUUCAUCAACGCGAUCAUGACCUUCGGCUACGUGAUCACCAUCCUCUACUGCAUGGGCGACUACGAGGAAGCCCUAACGUCACCAACCGGCUACCCCAUCAUCCAAAUCGCCUACCAAGCAACGCGGUCCAAAGCCACAACCUACAUCCUCAUGGCGCUCGGCAUGCUCCCCGGCUGGAUCGCACUCUUCAACAGCCUGGCGUCCGUCACGCGACUAACCUGGGCCUUCGCGCGAGACAACGGCCUCCCCUUCUCAGACUUCUUCGCGCGCGUCGACCCCGUCCUCAAGAUCCCCCUGCGCGCGCUCUUCCUCGUCGCCUCCGUCGUCAUCCUCCUCUCCUUCAUCCAGAUCGGCUCCACAGCAGCCUUCCACGCCAUCCUCUCCCUCAGCACCCUCGGCCUGUACUUCUCCUAUCUCAUCCCGCUCGUCCUCCUCCUCAUCCGCCGCUUUACCUCCCCCGGCCAGAUCCCCCGCGGCGCUUUCUCCCUCGGCCGCUGGGGUCUGCCGCUUAAUAUCGUCGCUGUCGUCUUCGCGACCUACUUUGCUAUCUUCUUGCCCUUCCCGCCCUCGUUGCCUGUUGAUGGCGAGAAUAUGAACUAUGCGGGGCCGGUGCUGGGCUUCGUUAUGUUGUUUGCUCUGUGUGAUUGGGUGCUGCGGGGUCGGCACAAGUGGAGUGGGCCGACGAUGAAGUAUUCGCGGGAAUAGGCUUAUUACCCUGUCCCCUGUCUUAAUGGGUUGCGUCGUGAUGUUGUUGUUGUUGUGAUGGUGGUGGUGGUUGUGGUGGUGGUGGCUGUAUUGUUGGUGGUAGUGUUGCUCUGUCGUACUAUUGACAACCCUUUAUAUUCUUUCUUUCUUUCUUAUUGUAUGGGCGGUUUCUUGUUUUGUUGGGUUGUAUAUAACCAUUCAUAGCGCAUUCAUACACGUCAUCGCUAGUGGAC